CUGCUCUCUGAAACACGUGCGUGAAAAAUGCGAGUGAAUAAAAAAGUUUUGUGGGCUAAGUUACAAGUGACAUAAACAGUAUUUUACGACUCGGCCUAGUUUAGGCUUCGAGUGAAGUAAACAAUUUUGAUUUACUCUUCAAAAUUCGUUAGUUCAUUAAUCAAAAAAGGACAAAGUUAUUGAUAAUCUGCCGCUCAUAUUCUAGUCGGCAGUGCCGCAUCAGCUGGCCUGCGAGAGCACGUGGCCCUAAUCUCUUCACUAUACUGUGUGUAAAAAAUAUUUUUCAACAUGCCUAAAGUGGAAGUAGAUACGGCCCAUCGGUUCGUACCGUUCUCCAAAAGGGUCCAUGACAUAGAUGUCAAUAUUUUUCAUAAAGUCAAGCAUCGCAAUGAAGAGGUUCCUGAUAAGGUUGAAUCAUAUUUCUACCAGCAAGUCCAAGAGGAAAACUUUCUCAAUCUUGCUGAAAAUUAUUUGAAUUUUCGUAAAGAAGUUUCGCACAUAGUUACUCUUCCACAACUUCUUGUUUGUAAAGAACACGUUAUAAAUACUUUAUUGAAGUAUUUAAAGUUAAAAGAUCCAUUGUGUUUGGAAAGUAUUUUUAGAAUACUACUUGCUGUUGCUAAAGAUUUAGAAGACGAGUUUUAUCCAUACUUUCCAGAUUUUUUGGCAGCGAUUAUAGAUUUAUUAAAUGUCAAAGAUGCUGAUCAGCUCGAAUAUACUUUUAGAACUCUUGCAUAUCUCUUUAAAUACCAAUGGCGUUACAUGAUCAAAAAUAUUGACAAAAUCUUCUAUUUACUGGUUCCUUUACUGGCAGAAUCAUACCCAGCUUAUAUCAACAAUUUUGCUGCUGAAGGUUUUGCUUUUGUAGUAAGAAAAGUUAAAGAUAAACCUGCAUUUCUUCAAUUAGUUAUUGAAGCUCUAGAAGAACAACAAAAUAAAGUUGUUGGAUGUGGAAAAUUAUUUUAUCAUGUUUUAGUAGGUACUCCUGGACAUUUUCACUCAUGUGCCGAAACCAUGUUAAGUAUUUAUUUUGAUGCCCUUGAAAAUACACCUUCACAUCAACAAUUACAUUUCCAAGUACUUACAACUGUUUUCAACUGCAUCACAAAAGAAAUUCAUUUCCAAAAAAGUGAAGUGUUAUGGACAGUUAUUUUAAAGUAUCUGGAUAAAUUUGAAGGAAAUAAUUUGAAAUUAUUACUAAAACUCAUUAAAAUCAUUAUUAAAAAUAAAGAAGAAAUGGUUAAAGAUCCAGCAGCAUGGGCAUUAAAAUUAGGACAACUCAUUCAGAAGUAUCAAAAUAAUAAUGAAUUAAUUGCUGAAAUAGUUGAUGUGUCAAUUGACACACUCUUAGCCAUAAAAAAAUUACAACAAGAAAGUUCUAGUUUCUUGGUAAUAAAGCUGUUAUCCAUUGAAGAUCAAAAUUGUUUGAUAAAAAUUACUCGUGACUUGAUUCCAUAUUCAUCUUUUGAGACAAUGGUUUUACCAAGAGUUUUGAAGAAAAGUCAAUUUUCAAUUUUGAACAAUGAUUUAUUGGAUCUUUUUGUGAAUAUAAUUAUGUUCAAAUCUCCACCAAAACUUGGUGGGAUUGAAUUUGAAAAGUGGAAUAAGUUCAAUCUUAAUAUUCAGGGCAAAGAAAAUUAUACUUAUCUAGCUAAUAUUUUGAAUACUUUUGAAGAGAUUAGUUCAGUUAAUGAAGAUUUCUUAAAAGUUUUAUAUAUUAUUCCACAUCUGUCUACUUUAUCAGAUGAAAUAUAUAAUGCAGUUACAAAGAGCUUGAUGAAUUUAUACAAAAGAAUUCAACAGAAAGAAAAUAGUACAGAUGGAAAUAAUUUUGCAUUUCUACUUGCCAUGGAGUCUGUAUUGCGAAUAGCGAGUUCGGAUAAAUUAUUCGAUUUAAUCCAAAAUCUUCCGAACCUUUUAGAUACAUUGUGUUUUUAUCAAAAUGAUACAGCAGUUUUGAAAUCUUUAGAUAUGCUAUUGAGUUAUAUGAAAAAUUCUAGUUGUGAAAAUGAAUAUAUUAAUCUGUCCGUAUUUGAUCACAUUCAUCAAGCUUUAGUUUCAAAAUUAGGAUCAUCAAAUUCAUUAAUACGUCUAACUGUGUCACAUAUUUUUUCACUGUUUGCUUCAAUUCCAACAAUGAAGCCUCCUACUUCUGAAGAAAAUCUAUCAAAAUCAGCUUUGGAAUUACCUUACUUAGCUGAAUGUCAACCAGUUACAGUCCACCAAUAUCGCCAACGUCUUGUAUACUCUCAGUCUCUUAAUUCUAACAGUGCUUCAGUUAUUCACCUUGAAGCUAAAUAUCAAGAUAUCCCUAUACACCAUUGUUUUGGCAGUCUGUAUUUGAACUUCCGUCUUAUUUGGGAUCCAAUGUGUCAGAUAAUAACAUCAUAUGCCAACCCAGAUUGCAAAGUAUUUUGGCCAAUUUUUAUUUCUAAAUUAAGAAGUAUAAAUGCUGAGAAAGAUGAAGUAGAUAAAGUUUGCAAACCAAGUUAUGGAAAUGAAAUAUUAAAUGAUACUGUUAGCAAAGUUUACACAAGUGAUAAAAUUGACCUAGAGAAUGUUCGAUAUCUGUUAUGGAAGUGUAUGGGUAUGAUGACCACGUACAUAGAACCAAAAAAUCGAGAUUAUGUUGAUAUUUUUAUAGAUUUUGUUGAAAAAAACUUUUAUCGUGCAUACUCAGAGGAAGCAAAAUCUUGUUCCAUUAGAAUUUAUAAAACAGAUGAAUCUAACAAAAAAUUGUCUGAUAAAAAGAGCUUUGAUGAUGAAACAUCUACAGAAUCAACUCGUCGUGAACGAGUCCAACUUCUUGUUACAAUGCUUCAAGUUUUUGGCAAAUUUACAAAUACUCGAUCGCUGUCACGUGAACCGGAAAUUUGUAGCAUUUACCACCAUUUUCUAACUUCCAAAGACUUGGAAAUUCAAAAAGCUGCUUUAAACUGUAUUUAUACUUACAAGCACAAAUAUAUAGUUCCUUACCAAAUACAAUUGGACAAUAUUGUAAAUGAACAAAAUCUUAAAAAUGAGCUAGUGAGAUUUCAAAUAAGCGUUGAACAAUCUGAAAUUCAAGAGGAACAUAGAGAGGGGUUGAUGCCCAUAUUAAUGAGAAUCCUUCAUACUAAAAUGAGUCAACGUGUUGGAAUGCGUACUGGUGGUAAAGCAGGUGGACUUGUUAAAAGAAAAACCAUUUUAAGAUUUUUGGCAGGUAUAAAAGAAGAAGAAAUGAUGGUAUUCAUUCGCAUGGCCUUUAAACCUUUUGAAAACUACUUACCAAUUCUUAAAGUUGAAAAAGAAUCUCAGAACGAUGUUAAAUUAUGUGCAAUGAUUAGAGAACUCAUUCCCAAUGUUGAUCUUGACAACGUCAUUCCACCAAAACGUCUUCAAAGUGCUAUGAAUCUAAUAUCAACAAUGAUAGAGCAGUUUGGUGGAAAAAUGACAAAACAUGUACUUCCACAUUUACUGUCAAUACUUGUGUGCAUUCUUGCUCAAACUGUUGGUAUACUUGAUUUAGUUAAUGAUGUACAUCCUGAUUUUUUGAAAAUGAUCAAAAAUGUUAGGAACACUGGAAUUAAUGUGCUUGCUAGAUUCUUCCAACAUUUCGAAUAUUAUGACUGGACAAGUGAUGAAAUUGAUGCUGUAUUUGAAACAGCUGUAUUCCCUUGGUUAAAUAAACUGCCAAUUGAAGGCAUUCAUAGUCCGACUCCUUUAUUGAAAAUGUUUGACAUUUGGAGUAAAAAUCCUCGUUAUUAUCCUCUUUUUGUGAAAUUAAAUAAGAACAAUCAAACACCAAUCAACUUUGUAAUAGAACUAUUAUCCAAUGAAAAAACUGAGAAGUCUGUGCUCAGAAUGAUUAUGGAAAUUAUUGAAAAGUUACUAACUACACUAGACUUUGAAAAAGAGGAUCCAGAAGCAAUGGAUGUCGAUGACACGAUAAAAGCUAAAUCUCUUUUUGAUGUUGUUACUGGAAAAGUAGAAAUUGUUAGAGAUGAUACAAUUAAUUAUGGUUCUGCCAUGUUACUUCCUCACGUAAGUAAAAUAUUGGCUUUUUUGGUAAAGAAAUUGAGAGAACAGAAGAAACAUGGAGCAAAUCGCACGGAAUUAACCGUUCUAUCGUCAAUUACGGAAUUUGCUACUGAUCCUGAAACCAGUGAUACAUUGCUCACUUUGACAUUACCGAUUCUCACGAAAAAAUCUGGUGAUUCCGAAGACGUUGUUAUGGGAUUUUUAACAGCAGUUGCUAACUUAAUGAAGCGUGUUAAUAAUCCUGCAAUAUAUUUGCGACCCGUUCAACAACUUUUGGCUCUUUUAACUACGCCACAAGCGAGAAAAUUAUUGAUGCAAGUUCUAGAAGAAGUUGCUCGAAAUAACGAAGAUUUACAAAAUAAUCAUAGGCUUUUGGUAGAACUGAAUGCUUAUGAUCGGCGUUGGAUCGAACAAGCUGAUUAUGAUCGGAGAUUAAACGCAUUUCAACAGAUCGACAGCUUGAUCAGGGAAGAAAAAGUAACCGUUGAUUUUGGUGUAUCUAUUAUUUUAAAUUGCUACUACUUUUUAAAAACUGAAAAUGAACAAUCUAUGGAAGAUCGAGCUAGCGAAUGCUUGAAAUACAUAAGUGUUUAUUUGUGCAAAAAGUUCAAUGCUGUACCGAGCGACAGAAGAUACCUCGUAGAAGAUACUAUAUUGAACUUGAUUCGCAAUGGAAUAAAGGAUAAACGUGACAAGGUAAAGUUGCAGUCCAUAGCCUAUUUAGGGCAUAUGGCCAUGGAGUGUCCAGAUGUGCAUGUAGUAUUACGCGAUCUCCACGCCUUAACAAACAAGGUAGAUCCAGAAGUGGAUUUCUUUAACAAUAUUGGACACAUACAGCGCCAUCGUCAUGGUCGCGCUCUAUUAAAGUUCUGUAGCGUCGCAAAAACCCUCACUAGAGCUCCAAAUCCGAGAACACUUUCGCAAUUCAUUUUGCCUCUUGCAUCUUAUUAUCUGUGCAAUGAAAAAUAUGCAAACAAGGAUGGCCAUAAUACUAUCACCGCAGCUAUUGACACCGUCGGUACCGUAUGCAGAUUGUUGCCAUGGAAUCAGUAUGAAUUCGUACUCAAGUACUACUUGUUCAAGUUGCGAAACAAUAUGGAACACCAAAAACAAGUCAUUAGAAUAGUGGUAGCGAUUUUAGACGCUUUCCAUUUCGAUCUGUCAAAAUAUAAAGAAGUCAAUGAAGCCGUUGAGGAUAACAACGAGAAUGACGACGAUGAGAGCGUUGAAGAUGACUCAAAAUUCGAAAAUGUCGAAAAUGAAACUGAAGAUGUUCCCAAUGUUGAAGAUGUUGAUGAAUCGGCAGAAAAUGAAAAUGCCGAAGAAAAUGAAAAUGCUGAACCAGACACGGAAGAAGUCCCUAUUGUUCAAGAAAUACCUAUUGUAGAAAGACAAACAGUCCUAUCACAAUAUAUGGCGAGGCGACUCGUGCAGAGUAUUUCCACUGUGUUACUGCCUCAAUUGCACCGAAGUAUCACCGUACGAGCCCGUUUAGAUGGGGCCCACAAAGUCAACAAAAAGAUUGUACGUGAUGAUCAGGAGGAACGUGAUUUGCAACGAGUACCCAUUGCUUUAGCUAUGGUCAAAUUGCUACAGAAGCUCCCGAGCAAUAUACUCGAUACAAAUGUGCGAGGAAUAUUUAUGAAAGUUUGUACCUUCUUGAAAUCUCGUCUUGAAUCGGUGCGUAGGGACACUCGAAAAAUUUUAGAGGAAAUCAUGAUUACUCUUGGACCCGACUAUUUACAUCAUUUACUUGUAGAAAUGAACAGUUUGUUGACUCGUGGAUUCCAAGUUCACGUUUUAGCUGUUACUGUUCAUGCAGUUUUAAUCAAAUUAGAGCCUUCACUUGAGCCUAAGCAUAUUAAGGCAAAUAUGGCAUUGUUACAUAGUGUGUGUAAGAUAGAUUUAUUCGGGCCAUCGGCCGAAGAGAAAGAGAUUUCUGGAAUCAUAAAAAAUACUUCAGAAGCUAAAGCCACUAAGAGUUAUGAUAUUUACAAAAUUAUGGGCCAAUUCACUGGUGCAGACUCGUUGGUUCCUUUAAUUCAACCUUUACGCGAUGUUUUACGCACGAAUUCAUCAAAAACCAUUCGCAAGGCUACUACAUCCUUACAAGAAAUUGGAAAGGGACUUGCACGUAACACUUUUAUACCCCUUACAAAUUUAUUGAGUUUUCUUCAAGGCGUAGUAAACGAAACUAUACCGGAGAUUAUGCCAGACUCUAAACGUAAAAAAAACAACGAGGAUAAACAAGCGAAAUCGAAAUUCCUUACUGACGAAGAUCGUACACUUUCACUGAUUAUUCAGCCACCACCUAAAACGAGAAUGGGUAUCAAGACCAAAUCGAAAAUUUCCGAAGACACCAAUGCAAACGUGAUCAUGGAAUUUGGACUGAGGAUUUUGAGUUUAUUAUUGAAACAAAAUAAGCUCAAUGAUCAGGAUUCGAAAAAGCAACUUGAUGGAUUCGUGCCAUUUUUGAGUCGUUGUUUAGAAUCACAACAUGUAGAGUUGAGUACAUUAGCAUUGCGUUGUCUAUGUCAUGUUGUGGCGACUGAUUUACCGAACGUUCGAAAGUUUUCAACGGAAAUUUGUGAAUCAAUGUUUAAGAUUCUGCACAAAUAUGCGGUAUCAGGUCUUGGUAAAGGUGUCAAUUUCGAUCUCGUGAUGACUGCUUUCAAGGCCAUGUCUAUUCUAGUAAAAGAUGCUAAACAUUUUAAACUUACUCCAGAACAGUUAAAGAUUUUAUUACAAUAUGUUGAAAAAGAUAUACAUGAUCAUGAACGAAGAGCAACAGGGUUUGAUUUACUAAAAGCUAUUAUAAAGCGAAAACUUAUAGUUCCCCAAAUGCAUGAAGUUAUGGAAGAAGUGUCAAAACUUAUUGUUACUUCAAAAUCAGAAGAUGUGCGGAAAAGAGCUCGAAAUGCUUGUUACACCUAUUUAAUGGAUUAUCCUGUGGAUAAAGAGAACUUAGAAAGUCGUAUAAAUUUCUUCUUCAGGAAUCUUGAAUUCUCGGAGGCUUUUGGUCGCAUGAGUGUAAUAACAAUGGCAUAUGAAAUCAUUACUACCUUUCCACAGCAAAAACUUGAAGAAUUUGCAGAAGAACUUUUCUGUUUACUUGCUCCAAGAUUGGUCAAUGAAGAAGAUCAGACUUGUCAGAAAAACGUAGCCAAGUGCAUAAGAGAAUUAAUAAACCGUAUCUCACAUAAUCUGAAAAGCAAACUUUUUAAUUUCACUUGUCUUUGGAUGGAAGAAGAAAAACUGAGGUUCAGAAGACUAGCAGUUCAAGUUUGUGGAAUGUUCGUCCAAACGGAAAAAAAUGACUUUUCUUCUAGAUUAGAUAGACUCCUACCUCUUUUGAUGAAACAAUUUAAUAAAAAUUUAGAUGAAAUUGAUGAAAAUGCCCCAGGGCGUUUCGUCAAACAAGUUAAAUCAAUUUUUGUUAAGGAUCGUAAAGUAAAGAGUAUGAAAAGUCUGAGAGAUCACCAUUUCAUUUUAGUUUUUGAACUAAUUCUUAAGAUAUGUAAAAAUUGUCCGAACUUUUUGGGCAAAGGCGCAAAUGAGAAAAACAAAUACCAGAAAUACGUUGAUAUUUUGCGAGAUUGCUGUCAUUCACAUUUAGUUCAUCCACAUUUAUGGGUAAGAGAGAGGGCAUCUCAAGUGCUUGGGUUUGUACUCCAUGCUGUGGAUGUUAAGAAAUGGUCGGCUGAAAAAUUACGCAGUCUUAUCUUAGAUAACGUAGAUCAAUUGGACCCCGGAGUAGAUCACGAAGAAUUUUUUGAUCAAAUUAUUAAAAAUCUUCUAUAUUUGGCAAAAUUCGUAGAAAUUGAAAAUACAGAGGAAUCAGAAAAGAAGAUGUCUUUACAUUGGCUCAUAAAAUCCCUGAGAAAGAAAAUUAAUUUGGAAAUAACUCAAGCACCACAAUCAAUAGUAGUGAGGAAAGCGGUAUUUCACUGGAUAGCAGGUGUGACUGUCAAUAUUGACAUCGAAAAAUUAAAGCCAAUGCUGCCUCAAUUAGUAUCGCCAUUGGUGCGCGAAAUGUCAACUACUGAAGUGGAAAAUGCACCUCUCCGACAGUUAGCUAAAGAAGUAUCUACAAUGUUCAAAAAACUUCUGGAUGUGGACGAAUACACUCGACUCUUCAAUGCCGCAAGUCAACAUUUGGAAGUGAAAAGAGCCGAAAAGAAGGCAGAGAGAUCCCGCCAGUUUGUAACCAAUCCAGAAAUAGCCAAUAAAAGAAAAUUGAAGAGGCAAGAGAAAAAGAGAAAACGAAAAUCAGAUGUAAAAAGACGGUCAAAACCUAAAAAGAUGCGAAUGAAUGAUGACGAAGACAAUUAAUGUUAUUUUGUAUGAUAGCUUAGGAAAAUUGUUAGAGUUAAUUAAAAAAAAUUUUUUUUA